AUGAAAAAAUAUAAAAACCACUAUCGAUACAAAAGGCAGUUUGAUAGCUCAAAUACACCUCAGAUUGAUUUAAACAUUACUGUUCCGUACAUAUUCAGCGCUAGAUUAUACCCGUUUGGUGAAGGUAAGGGCGAUCACUUGAUGACGGGUUCUACGCAAGUUUUCAAACUCAAGAAAUCUUUCAAGUUUCUUGGCAAAGAAUAUGAUGCUGUCAAUAUUCGUCGAGAUGGUGCGAUUACUUUGUCCGCAGUACCUAUAAAACCAUUAAAGUUACCUUCUGCUCAACCUGUAAUUGCCGUGUAUUGGAUGCCCGCACUUGGUGGCAAAGUAUAUUAUCGGGAAUCCAAUGAUUCAUCAGUACUGAAUUUGGCGCAGAAGGAGGUAAAUAUCCAAUAUGGAUAUGGGUCAUCAUUUAUACCAAGAUCAGUACUUAUCGUUACAUGGCAAAAUACUCAUGACAUUACUGAAGCUAAUUCGGAAGGUAAUUCAUUUCAAGCAGCUAUCAUUAUGAGUGAGAAUGGAACAUUUGCGCACAUUGUGUACAGUAAAUUGAACACCAAUAAAAAUGCUGUAGCAGGUUUCAGUAGUUCUGAUGCGCAUUAUUCAUUACCUGGCUCGGGAACAGAACAAGCAAUAAAAUUAGCUCAAAAAAGUGAUAUUGGAAUACCGGGGGAAUUUUUAUUUAGAAUCGAUUUCGAUCAAGUUUACUUGUGUGGAGCCGGAUACAAGGGAGAAGAAUGCGCAGAAACUUGCGCAAAGACAGAAUGGGGUCUCGACUGUUCGAGAAAAUGUCAUUGCGAUGCUGGAGUUUCGUGCCAUUUAGAAACUGGAGUAUGUCCAGGUGGCAAAUGUAAUUCUGGUUGGUCAGGACCACCGAUUUGCGAAGAUGAUGUGGAUGAAUGCUCAGAAGAAGCUAAUCUGUGCCCUCGGGAGCAGCCGGAUUGCGUAAAUACUCCUGGGGCGUACUUAUGCAUUUGUUAUGAAUAUGACAACGCUACUAACACAUGUAAAGGUACUUUACCUCUCAAAACUGGCAAAAACGAAGCUGUACCAGUUCGGGUAGUACCAUUGCAACCAGUGCUAGCAUCCACAGUGAACAUGCCUUCUUAUCGAGGCGUAAAAAAUUCAGUCAAGACAAAUUCACGCUCGAAAAGUAUAGCAGCAGCAAUAAGUACUGGUGCCAUUGUACAUUCUUCUAGUUCAUUAAACGAUUCUGCAGCUGUCCGCUUUAGUCCUGUUACUAUUAAGCCAGUUUUGAGUAUUGUUUCAACUACAUGUCGUUGCGAUGAAAAUGCUAUAUGUGUUGGCGGAUUAUGUCAGUGUAAAUCUGGCUGGGCAGGUGAUGGGAAAUCUUGCAUGGAUAUUAAUGAAUGCUUCGGGGAGCCAAGUGUUUGUGGGGCACAUGCAAUAUGCGAAAAUACUCCAGGCUCAUAUACAUGCCAGUGUAAUAUCGGAUAUAUAUUUGAUAAUAAUGGAAAAUGUAUAGAUAUGGAUGAAUGCUCAGAGGGAAUAAUAGUUUGUGGCGGUGGGAAGAAUAGUUCGAUUUGCGUCAAUACUGAUGGUGGAUAUGAAUGUCGUUGUGCACCUGGUUAUGCUGGUAAUCCUGGCAGUUCACAUGGCUGUGUAGACGUAGAUGAAUGCCAAUUAUCAGACUUUUACUGCGGUGAAAAAGGUGUUUGUAAAAAUUUGAUCGGUAGUUAUGAAUGCGAAUGUGCAGAAGGCUUUCAACGUGAUCAGUACACAGGGCAAUGUGUUGAUAUUGACGAAUGCAAAUAUGAUCCAUGCGAUAAAGCAGCAGUUUGCACCAACUUGCAUGGAUCUUUCCGAUGUGCUUGUUUGGAUGGAUUCGUUGGUAAUGGAGUUGAAUGUCACGAAACUAUAUUGUUCUCAGUGGAAAACCCAACUCUUGAAAUCACUCCACGACAAAAUGCCGUUGCUGACUAUCCUCUCAGUGCAACUAUUCGACUUUUCGGUCGAAAUUAUCGUAUACUUUACAUUUCAUCAAAUGGCGGAAUAAGUUUCGGUGAGCCACUGCCAAUGAAACUUGACGGAAAUAUACGUUUUCCAGCGUUUCUUCCACUUUAUCAACACUAUACAUUUCAAGAUAAUUCAAAAGUCAUUCUCAAAGUUAUCCAUGAUAGUGACACAAGUGAUUAUACUUUACUGGCUCGAAUAUCACUGAGUAUACAUAACAAAUUUCAUCAGAAAGAUUUCCGUGCUCAUUCAUUAAUAAUCGUUUCAUACGACCGAAUGAUGCAAGUUGACACCAUGCAGGAAAAUACUUUCCAAGUAGUGAUAGCACAAGAUGAUAAUGCUACUUUUGCAAUGUAUUUGUUUGAACAAAUUGAAUCUGAAAGCGGUCUGAGCGGUUUUUCAUCCGGAAUUGAAUUCUUUGAAUUACCUUUCGAGAUGCUUGCUAAUCAUUCAAAUAUUGGUGAGCGUGGUAAGUGGUUAUUCCGAGUUGAUGGAUUUCUACCGCUGCAUUGCCCUGCUGGUACUGUUGAUCCACCAUUGUGCCAAAGAGAAUGCGAUGCGGGCAUGUGGGGUUUUCGAUGUGAAAAUAAAUGUCACUGUCGUAAUGAUAUACCAUGUGAUUUUGCAACAGGAUUUUGCUCAAAUGCACAGUGCGCAGAAGGAUGGAUGGGUGUCAACUGCUUCGAAGAUGUGAAUGAAUGUAUCACUGAAAGGCACAACUGCUCUUCCAAAGCGACAUGUAUCAAUGAAAUAGGAGCGUAUCGCUGUAAAUGCAAUGACUUUUUCCUGGGUGAUGGCUUCACGUGUAAACAAGAACCAAAAACACCAAUUUUGGAUAAUGCAGUCACGGAUAUACCAAUUGGAAUACCAAAGAGUGUUGAGCUUGAUGAUGGCAUAGAUGAGAUGCCGUUCUUGAUGCAUAAUUGGAUUAAUGAAGAAGCAAGUGUUGGAUCAGUUCGACCAAAAUAUUCGAAAGAAAAAAAUACGAAAAAAACAGUUACAACGACUAUUCCACCACUUGCUAAGGAUUAUAAUGACGCGGAAAAUGAACUUUACGUUGGUGGUAAGACGAUGGAAGAAGCAGAUAACAGUAGCACUUGGGUUGUUCUAAUCCCAGUAGCUUUGUGCGCUUUAUGGGCUGUUCUGAUAAUUGUUAUUAUCGCUGUAUGCUUUCGAAAUAAAAAGUAAAC